CGCAGCUGCUCGCGAUGAAACCGAACUGCACCCGAGCAAAAAUGAAACUGGACUCAAGAUGGUGACACGUCUGGCGUUAAUACAAGUCAGCGUGUUGCUGUAUGCGAGCGGCAGGAAAAAAAAAAAAAAAAGCCACGGAGGUGUGAGGACCCCAACCGCAAAGGACAGAAGUGGGUCAGCAGGGGGAAGUUUUCCGCUCAGGCACAGUUCACACUCCACACACCAACUUCUCAGCGCAUGCAGGGAGAGAGGUGGCGCAGCCCCCCAGCUCGGCGUGAGCUGCGCAGACCGCUCAGGCUCCCAGUGCGCUCACGCUUUCGUGUGUUCGGACUUGUCCAACAACUUUGUCCUCACUCACUGUGCCGCGCGCAGCAGCUGCCCGCGCAAACUAUGCGCGCUGACUGCCCAACUUCUGUCCGCCAACUUUUAAGCCCAGGCGGGAUGGCGUCGAACGCGAAGCCGGACCCGGGUCAUCGCGGUGAGGGUGUUUGUCAGCGAGGAUGCGGGCUUGUGGUGCCCGCCGAGGACGUGAUCCGAGGGGAGCACUGCUGCGUGGACGCGCUCCGCCGGGUUACCGACGCGCUGGAAGAAAGAAGCGCAAGUUUGGAGCACGAAGCCCGGAUGGCGAGGCUCAGGUGGAACCGGAGGGAGCAGUUCCUGUUGGCCCAGGUGUCAGCUCUGCAGAACGAGGCUCAGCUCUCUGCUCUCAAGUACCAACGCAGACUGCACCAGUACAUGCUGCACAUCAACAGCAUUGCAGAGCAAGUCACCGGGUACUACAAGAGCGAUUUGAAGACGGCUGCUGACGUGCAGCGCUGCGUGCCGGAGAAAGCAACGUGCGCGGGAGCAGAGCCGCAGGAGCACGUCAAAGCACCUGAGGUGAACGGAAAGGAGUUGUCCAAGUCCAGCCAUGAGGACGCUGUGGAGGCCUUUCACGUCGCCAAGGACCCCGUCGUGGUGCAGGUCAUCAGGCGGACCCCCAGCGGCCGCCCCCAUGGCCCCCCUCAGGAAAUCCAUGUGGUGGAUGAGUGCACUCAGACCGACAUCACCUUUGAACACAUCAUGGCGCUGGCAAAGCUGCGGCCUUCAACCCCUCCUGUGCCUGAUGUCUGUCCCUUCCUGCUCUCUGACAGAUUCCAGCAAAGACAAAGGCUGGGAAAUCCUGUCACUUUGAGCUGUCAUUCUCUUCAUACAAUGGACCAGAAUUACUAUGAAGGGACAGACUACCUCUCCCCUGUUCCAGCUGAUGGAGAGAGGACAGAGGAGUUCGAGUACGAGGAAGUGGAAUUGUGUCGACUCAACAGCCAAGAGAAGUUGGGUUUAACUCUGUGCUACAGGACAGAUGAAGAGGAGGAUGUGGCCAUCUAUGUCAGUGAGAUCAGUCCAAACAGCAUUGCUGCCAGAGAUGGACGCAUCCGAGAGGGGGAUCGCAUUUUACAGAUUAAUGGCCAAGACGUACAAGACAGAGAGGAAGCAAUGGCUGCACUCUCCAAUGAUGAGUGUAGGAACAUUGUUCUGCUGGUUGCCAGACCUGAGAUGCAGCUGGAGGAGGCCUGGCUGGAUGAUGAGCACAGCGAGUUCCUGGAGCAGCUAAAGAUGGAAAUGUUGGAGGAACAGCAGAGAGAGGAGAUGGAAUUAGCUGCCUUGCAGGAGGAGCAGGAGAAUGAACAGAGAGCAGAAGAUGAUAAGCCCACCUGCUCCACACUCCCUCAUCAUAAGGACAGUGUACUGAGUAUAAAAGACAGAAUGGAAAGCUCAGGGCAUAAUGUCCUGGCACACAUCCAGAGACGUCUGUCCCAGUGCCUGAGAGACAAUCGGGACACACACAUCACCAGUGGCUCCACGCAGCUAGAGGACAAAGAGGAUGAGGACAAUGACGAGACGGAGGGUGAUCGUUUCCAGCAGCUCUUGGAGCUGAAGUGUCAAAUUCGCAACAGCGGUGAGUACGACCUGUUCUACAGCCGCCGCAGCACCAUUGAGUGCAGCAUGGGGGAGCCGGGCGGCGUACAGCAUGAGCUGCGUAUGCUCAAUGAGGAGCUGCGCAGUAUCGAGCUUGAAUGUCAGAACAUCAUGCAGGCUCACAAGCUCCGUAAGGGCCAGCAGUCUCCCUCAACGGGCCGCUCUGCACCCUCCACCAAAAACCAAAGCCUCCACCGCGGCGAGCCCACAAGGGGUAAGUUAGCAGACAUUAAUGAGAGGCUGGAGAAAUCGGACAAGGACAGCUCCAGUGCCUAUAACACAGCGGAGAGUUCACGCAGUACCCCUUUGGCAAUGGACCGCUCCCCGGAGCACUCACUCCAGAGGAUGGUUAGUCUCACCAACCAGAGGAACCUCUGCAGCAGCCUUGCCACUGGCCACUCUCUUAGCCCAAGCCCCAUCCCGGCAUGCCGUACUCCAGUUCCAGGCAAGAGCAGCAGCCCCGACCACAGCAAUCCUUCUGAGUCAGACCAGACACCUCAGGCUGAGGAGGAGAGUAGAGGGACAUUAAAGCCACAUGCUUGCCAGAUUCCUUACUUUUCUCCGUCCCACAGUUCCCAGCAAAGGCAGGCCAACAUCCCAGCUCAUGCCCGCCACUACCAGAGCUACAUGCAACUGAUCCAGCAGCGCUCAGCUGUAGAGUAUGCUCAGAGCCAGCUCAGCCUGCUCAGUGUGUGCAAAGAGCCUCAGACGCCCAUUAACGAGCCCAAGAUGGAGUGGAAGGUCAAGAUCCGCAGCGACGGCACCCGCUACAUCACCAAGAGGCCUGUGAGAGACAAGAUCCUGAGGGAGCGUGCUCUAAAGAUUAAAGAAGAACGCAGUGGGGGAAUGACCACAGACGACGAUGCAAUGAGUGAAAUGAAGAUGGGAAGGUACUGGAGUAAAGAGGAAAGAAAGCAGCACCUGGUCAGGGCAAAAGAACAGAGAAAAAGGCGAGAGUUCAUGCAGCGUAGUCGGCUGGAAAGCUUGAGGGAGAAUCCUCAGAGCAGCAGCGAGGGUCGCAAGGAAGUCAGCAUUAUAGAGCUCAGCCACAAGAAGAUGAUGAAGAAACGCAACAAGAAGAUCCUGGACAACUGGAUGACCAUCCAGGAGCUGAUGACUCAUGGUACCAAGGCCCCUGAAGGAGCCAAGGUGCACAAUGCCUUCCUGUCAGUCACUACUGUAUAAAAAAAACAAAACAAAAACAAAAAAAAAACCACACACAUUCUACCCCAUGCGGUA